GCUCGCCGCGAUCGCGACCCGCACAGGCCACAGCCUCUCUCCCCUCUGCUCCCGCGGCCCGCGCAGCGCACAGCAUACAGCGCACCGAGCUGCGGCCACCGCAGCGAACAGCAAAGCACCUCCGACUCCAAGUCGCGAGAGCCUUCUCAUUCGUCUUCCUCCUCUUCCACCCAUCCUGCCUGCUCACUUCCGUUCCGUAGUCCAGCUAGAUCCCCGGGCAACCGAUCCACCGAGAAGCUUGUGGUUGUGGCGGCGGCGGAGAGGGAAGCGGGAGGUCGGAGGUAGGCGCGGAUGCCACUGUUGUGCCGGCGCCGGCGGGGCCGGUGAUGCCCGCUUGAGCUGGGCCACCGUGCGUCGGAGGUGGACGAGGGAGCGAGGCGGCGCCAGACCGAGGUUGCGUCGGGCUCGAUUUCUACUGGGCUGCUGUCUGCUGAGUUUACGGAAGUGUUUGGCCCUAGAAGAGUUGAAGAUAAGGAGUGGAGCUAGGUUUAAACUCUGGUGACUUGGUUGUUGCGUGCAACGAAUCAACUAUGCUGAGUUUUUCUGUAGAGUAACAGAAAUUGGAUCAAUUCAAGUAGGUGAGUGUAAUUGAUCCUUUUGAAGAUUCUGAUCCCAGAUUAAUUCACGACUAGAGUUGUGAACUCUAUAGGUUUUCUUGUGUAAAUUUAACACUAAUUUGGCUGCUCUUUGGGUCUGGGGGCACAAAUUUGAAAUAUUGGGAGUGCUGGUGUGAUAUAGAGGUCUAGGAGGAGAUAUGAGGUACUACUUGCGUCAGGUCCAGCGUUUGGUUGGAGAUAUGGAAGGAGGAGCUCUCUUGUUUAUAGACGACCUCAACUCCAAGUGACAAAGCGAACAGCUGUUGAACGUUUCCCUUCUAUUUCUGUUUCUUUUUGCCGGAUUUGGAGAUGGAGGUGAAUUCCUCUGGCGAGGAAACUGUGGUAAAGGUAAGAAAGCCGUACACAAUAACGAAGCAGCGGGAGCGGUGGACAGAGGCUGAACACAAACGGUUCCUUGAAGCCUUGAAACUUUAUGGCAGAGCAUGGCAGCGCAUAGAAGUUGCUCCAUAGAGCAUGUUGGGACAAAGACAGCCGUGCAGAUCAGAAGUCACGCUCAAAAGUUCUUCACUAAGUUGGAAAAGGAAGCUAUGAACAAUGGUACUUCUCCGGGGCAAGCCCAUGACAUUGACAUACCUCCACCACGGCCUAAAAGAAAGCCAAACAGUCCAUAUCCUCGAAAAAGUUGUCUCAGCUCCGAGACACAAACCAAAGAACUUCCAAAUGACAAGUCAACAAAACCAAAUAUGCCCUUGAGCAAUGGGCAUGUAAAAAUGGUAGGCGAUGCAUCUCUUCAGAAUUUUCAAAGGAAGGAGUUGUCUGAAAAAGGAAGUCGCUCGGAAGUUCUUAAUCUCUUCCGUGAUGCCCCAUCUGCAUCAUUUUCUUCAGUUAACAAAAGCUCUUCAAAUCAUGGGGCACCCAGGAGGACCGAGGCAAGUAAAACAGAAAGCCGAGAUAUGUCCAUCAUGGAAAAUAAUUCUUUUAACCCCAACACCCAAGAGGAUGUAAAGGUGAUCAGUGAUCAGGAAAUGGAAAGGCUUAAUGGUAUCCAGAUCAGAUCUAAAUGUGAACAUUCUCAUGAGGGGUAUUUGGACAUCUCAACGCAACAAAUGAAGCUAAUGCCAAAGUCUGUGGAGACAACAUAUGUGGAUGAACAAACUGCAAGAGCUUCACACACCCUAGCAGAGAGCGACGGGACAGCUAGCAUUCCAGUGACUGUACCUGAAGGAACUCAUCCUGAUCAAACAAGUGAUCAAGUGGGAAUCAAUGGAAGCAUGAACCCAUGCAUCCAUCCAAUGGUUUCUGCUGACCCAAAAUUUGGUAGUAGUGCCACACCACAGACUUUCCCUCAUAAUUAUGCGGCCUUUGCUCCAAUGAUGCAGUGCAACUGUAACCAAGAUACGUACAGGUCAUUCACCAACAUGUCAUCCACCUUCUCCAGCAUGCUUGUUUCCACGUUGUUGUCAAACCCUGCCAUCCAUGCAGCCGCCAGGCUCGCAGCAUCAUACUGGCCAGCAGCUGAAGGUAACACUCCUAUUGAUCCGAAUCAAGAAAACCCUGCAGAUGGCGUCCAAGGAAGGAACAUAGGCUCUCCUCCAAGCAUGGUUUCUAUUGUAGCAGCUACAGUUGCUGCAGCAUCUGCAUGGUGGGCAACACAAGGUCUUCUCCCUUUCUUCGCUCCACCCGUGGCUUUUCCAUUUGUACCAGCUCCUAGUGCUGCCUUUCCCACAGUUGAUGUUCCACGACCUUCAGAGAAAGACAGAGAUUGCCCAGCUGAAAAUGCACAGAUUGAAUGCCAAGAAGCUCGAAAACAGGUACAGUUCGAAGGUUUAAGAAUUGCUGCUUCUUCAGAGUCUGAUGGGAGUGGAAAAGGCGAGGUGUCUCUCCAUACGGAGUUAAAGCUAUCUCCUGCCCAGAAUGCUGAUGCCACACCUACCACAGGAGCUGGCACAAAUGAUGCAUUCAGGAAUAAGAAAAAGCAGGAUCGCUCUUCAUGCGGUUCUAACACACCUUCAAGUAGUGAUGUAGAUGCGGGCAAUGUUCCUGAGGAGGACAAUGCUAAUGAGAAGGCGAAGCAAGCCUCCUGCAGCAACUCUUCAGCUGGUGACACUAACCACCGCAGAUUUAGAAGCAAUGGAAGCACAAGUGAUUCAUGGAAGGAAGUUUCCGAAGAGGGUCGUCUGGCUUUCGAUGCGCUGUUCAGUAGGGAAAAGCUUCCGCAAAGCUUUUCUCCCCCACAAGCAGUAGACUCGAAGGAGGUUGCCAAGGAGGAGGAAGAUGAAGUGACCACAGUGGCAGUUGACCUCAACAAGAAUGCCACAAGCAUUGAUCAUGAUGACCUCGACACAAUGGAUGAGCCCAGGGCUUCCUUUCCCAAUGAAUUGUCGCACCUGAAGCUGAAAUCGCGCCGUACAGGCUUCAAACCAUACAAGAGAUGUUCUGUGGAAGCGAAGGAAAACCGGGUGCCGGCUAGCGACAUGGUUGGUACCAAGAGGAUUCGUCUUGAUAGCGAAGCAUCCACAUAAUUGAUUUCUUCAAAGUUAUAUUUACAUCUAAGCUACUAUAGGACUUCAGAUCUUGCAAUGCAGUGCUUCAUUAAAACUCAAUCUGUUGUGUGCUGUAUUUUAAUGCUUGUCAAGCAGCCCGCUAGACUGCUUUAAAACCUUAUCUCGUAGAGUCUGAUUUAAGCAUCAUGCAACUAUCAAACUUUUUUUUUUGGUCAAAAUGUAUUUUCCUUAUGUUUUAUAUUUUUGGAAAGGAAAAUAAUUGAAAUAUUAUUUAUUUUGAAGGCUCA